UUAACAUUUGCUUUUCUCACUUGAAAUUACCCAUAUGGUUAAUAUGAAAUAUUUAUCAUUUUCCUAAUAAAAAGGUAUAUAAGCAAGAUAACCGUACAAGACCUCCAGACACGACAGGUGUAUCAGUUCUUUUGUAACUGCUGGCUGAGUACUGACCGAGGAGAAGGCUUGACCAAGAAAACCUUCAAUGCUGCGAAGAACAACGAGAUUGCCAGCUUCAGGAACAUCUUCCAGAGCAGAACCUCAACCGGCUUCAGGGAUGAGCACAUCUGGGUGUCCAUAGUGGAUCCUCCUUCACGCAGUCCGUUCACUCGAGCCCAGAGGGUUUCCUGCUGCAUGAGCCUCCUCCUGUGCACCAUGGCCAUCAACAUCGCCUUCUGGAACAUUCCUGUAGAUCCCAACUCACCAGUGCUCUUCUCAUUAGGUUCACUGCACUUCACUUGGCAGGAGUUCAUGGUGGGAGUGCAGAGCGGUCUCCUCAUGUUCCCAAUCAACAUUCUCAUCAUCACCAUCUUCCGAAGCAUCCGGCCUCGCAUCAUCUCCAAAACCAAAAAAGACAACUCUGAGGAAAACUUCAGGCCUGCCGCAGUUACUCUACCAAGUGUUCUGAAGACUACAGAGGAGUUAGUUUCUUUAGUGAGUGGGAGUUCAAGAAACAAGAUAUCAGAGAUACAGAGACUGGAGUCUGCUGAUCACCUCUGUCCUGCCUUGGACAGCCUGCAUACAUUUCUACAGAAUAUGCAAGGGGAGACUGAGAGUGACCUCCACUUGGUUUACUGCAGCAAGUUCCUCCUGGCUGGUCUGAGUCACCUCCUCAUGUGUCUGGAGAAACUGGACGCUAAAAACUUCCCGAGUGUACAGGAAUACCAGCAAGUCCUCAGCCUCACCAACCUGCUGGUUCGCAAAGCUGAGAUGGUUUUCAGCUGCCACCUGGCCUCCUGCCCGCCUCCUGUGAAGACGAAGAAGAAGAGGUCGGCGGGCUUCUGGCUGCCUUGGUGGUGUGUUUUCCUGGGCUGGUUCCUGUUGCUGUCCAUCAGUGCCAUAUCCACUUACUUCACCCUGUUGUACGGCUUUCAGUACGGCAAAGAAAAGUCCAUCAAGUGGGUCAUGUCUCUGGGCCUCUCGCUCUUCCAGAGCAUCUUCAUACUGCAGCCUCUGAAGGUGAUAGGCGUUGCUGUGAUCUUUGCCCUGCUGCUGAAGCCUGUCGCUGUAGAGGAGAGUGAGGAAGUUGAGCAAGUGAUGUUAGAUCAACAGGAGAAGUGUAGACGGUACUCUGGCAGGGACACGCUGUGAGGACGCUGCAUUUAGCCUGGACGCUGCCUUCUCUGACGGGUGCAGCUGCAAUCCACGCCACCCUCGCUUCCUAAACACCCUUUUGCACUUAUUGGAAGUUUUACUUUCUGAAUUAUAUAACGCAAUCUGUUGUUUCGCAUGUGUACAGAGUUUCCGGUGCCUGAGAAAGUUUUCUAGAGUGGUGAGUCAAAGUAAAUGGGGGAUUAAAUAGCUGCUCUUGCAUGCCAAAGUCUUGAGGAUGAUUUGUGUGUAAAUAAAGAAGAACUUUGGGGGCUUAUUUUAAACAUAUUUCUGCAUUGUUUAUUCAAUGUCAGGGCACAAAAUGAGUAGAAAGAGUCACUGAGGCUUUUAAAUGUCAAAAACUGUGUGAUUUAUCAGUUAUUUUAGUCGGAAAAACUGCCCGUAAUCAAAUGAAGUAAGCAUAGUCAUCAAGUAAUAGAGCAGAAGCUUAUAUCGAAAUACCUGACACAUAUAGAAUAGCAGCAUUAUCUGCAAAGAAAUGCAUAUUUACUCAUCAUUUAACAGUUUUAUUGUUGCAUUAUGAUUAUUAAGACAUUUUAAAGGCUCUUCCACUGCAUGAAAUGUUGGGAAACAUUGAAUUCUUCUUGUUUUAGCGUGAAAAUGAUAAAUCAUUAAUAUUUAAUUUUUUUUGUUGGCACUGAAUUAUUUGCAGCUAACAUAUUUUCAAAAUAUUGAUUUGAUCCACAUUCAAAGACUCCUAAAAGCUGCAGCCAGCUGCUGUCAGCGUGCCUUUACAGCACAGCGAAUGACAGCCAGCCAUUGAUUAUGAAUGAGCAUAGACUUAUGAAGAAGAGUGGGAAGGUGCUUUUAUGUAAUUUCAUAUAUGAGAGCUAAUGGUUAAUUGAUUACGUUUUUCAUUUCACUUGUGUCACUAUAAUACAUGCUGGAAGUGCAUGUCAUCCCUUUUCAUCUUUCAUGCCUGCUUCUAUGAGAUUGGGUCUGUGCGCCCUCUGAAUGAUUUAUGUAACAGAGCUGACUACAUUCAAGUUUGUGCUUCUGAGCAGGGAUUACAAGCAGAUCUGUAGACACUUUAAUGUCCUGUCUUAGAGCUGCUGCGCUGUUAUGUAAUCAUAAACGACCGACUUAUUUAUUUCUUUUGGUUUCCUUUGUAGAUUCUAUAUGUAACAUAUGUGCGAAUUUGAAAAUCAAUAAAAUCUAUUGCAUUGAA